UCAGGAGUCUGACGCUGAGGGUAAUGGGGGUCCUUGAAGGGUCGUAAGAGGAAAAGAGCGUGAUCCAGCUGACGCUUUAGGGAGAUUGUCCAGGUGGCAGAGUGGAGGGAAGACUGGAGGCAGAGAGCACUUAGAACAGUGGUAGUAACAGCAGCAGCAGCAGCAGCAGCAGCCAACACCUCCAAGCUCCAUUCUAAGUGCUUUGCAAAUGUGGACUCAUUUAAUCCACGUGACAGUAGGUGUCCUCAUUGUCCCCAUAAUAUUACAGUUGAUGAAACUGAGACCUAGUGAGAUUAAAUAACUUGCCCAAGUUCUACAACCCAUAAGUGACGUCGCCGGGACCCUAACUCAGACAGCCCAGCUCUGGAAUCCACAGCUGCCGCCUGACAGUAGCUUGGAGGAGAGAGAAUGAAGUGUUGCCUAACGCAGUCAGGCAAGGUGGUGAGGAGAUAACUCCUGGCCAUGUGGUGAAGAGAGAUGUUAAAGAGAGAGUCUGGCAGAUAGGAAGAGGGAGGGGAGGGCGGGGGAGCGCCACGAGGAAGAGAGCGCACUCCGGAGGAAAAGCGCCCGGAGUCUGCGGCAUCCACGGAACCUCAGGGGGGACUUCACGAGCCCUGACUGCUCCCAAGCCCUGAGUCACAGCAGAAGUAUCAAAGGCCACUUCAGUAAUAGCAGCAGCUGUAGCAGCACCAGCAGGCUCAGAGACAAGAGGCUUGUCCAAGCUCACACGAAUCGUUAACAGCAGAACCAGGAUUGCGAGCUGGUUCUUUAUUCACUUCACCACCGUCAACAUGCGUGUGGUGAGGUCAGUGGAAAUGAAAUCAACCUAAUGAAAAUCAAGAAGUGGGCCACAGAAUGGAUGACUCAGACAGCUUGGACUGGAGCAAUUUCGUCUGGGAUGAGGACGACGCUUAUAACUACACUUAUAACUACACAGACUUUUUAUCCUUUCCCGGAACUUCCCCAUGCCGACCAGAAUCUCUGGAUAUCAACAAGUACGCUGUGGUGGCCAUCUAUGCCCUGGUCUUCCUGCUGAGCCUGCUGGGAAACUCCCUGGUGAUGCUGGUUGUCUUAUACAACCGGGUCAGCCGCUCUGUCACUGACAUCUACCUGCUGAACCUGGCCCUGGCUGACCUGCUCUUUGCCUUCACCUUGCCUUUCUGGGCUGCCUACAAGACAACGGGCUGGAUCUUUGGCACAAUCAUGUGCAGGGUGGUCUCACUCCUGAAGGAAGUCAACUUCUACAGUGGUAUUCUACUGUUGGCCUGUAUCAGCGUGGACCGCUACCUGGCCAUUGUGCAUGCCACACGCACACUGACUCAGAAGCGGCACUGGGUCAAGUUCAUAUGCUUAGGCAUCUGGACACUAUCUCUGAUCUUGUCCCUGCCCAUCUUUAUCUUCCGCAAGACCGUCUACCCACCUGAUUCAGGCCCAGUCUGCUACGAGGAUAUGGGUGCCAACACAACCAAAUGGCGCAUGGUGAUGCGGAUCCUGCCCCAGACCUUUGGCUUCCUCCUGCCCCUGCUGGUCAUGCUGUUCUGCUACGGCUUCACCCUGAGCACGCUCUUUCAGGCCCACAUGGGGCAGAAGCACCGGGCCAUGCGGGUCAUCUUUGCUGUCGUGCUGGUCUUCCUGCUCUGCUGGCUGCCCUACAAUCUGGUCCUGAUGGCAGACACCCUCAUGAGGCUCCGGAUCAUCGAGGAGACCUGUGAACGCCGAAAUGACAUUGGCCGAGCCCUGGAUGCCACCGAGAUCCUGGGCUUCCUCCACAGCUGUCUCAAUCCCCUCAUCUAUGCCUUCAUUGGCCAGAAGUUUCGCCAUGGACUCCUCAGGAUCAUGGCCACCCAUGGACUGAUCAGCAAGGAAUUCCUGGCCAAGGAGGGCAAGCCUUCCUUUGUUGGCUCUUCUUCAGGGAACACUUCUACUACCAUCUAAGACCCCCACCCCUGUAGCAGCCCCACAGGGCUCCUUCCCUCCUGUCAGCACAGCACCCAAGACUCAUGUCUAUUGGCUAUUCACAGUCUCUGUGUCAGGACAGCCCCCACUGAGGUCACAGGAAGUUGCUGAGGCCUCAGCCUUACCAGGCCCCAUUGCACGGUUGAGAAAGCCUGCCCUGAAGCCUGACCUUUCACUGUAAUUACUAUGUCAUCUGCGAGAGCUCUGUCCAUCCUACCACUGAGCCAUAGCACUCUGUCCUCAGAGACAUUUCAAAGACAUGCUUUGAAGUGAGUUCAGAAAGUUCCCAGCCUUGGGAGCCACCAGUGGCAAACACCACAGCUACUUCCCCAGUUCUCCCUUUCCUACCUUGCUAGCAAAGUCUGCUUCCCUUGAGAGAGGCUGAAAAUGAUAUAUACCUCCACAAGUUCUUUAAGCUAGGAGUGGCCAUAUUCUCUAGUUCUGACUAGGAAGACUUACAGGCAAGUGUGUGCUGGUGAACCAAUCUCCUAGGGGAAAAAAUGUCUUGUAUGUAGUGUUCAUCGAGUUCCGUGUUAUAACUGCUCCCACCAUGGCAAUUUCAAGGGCAGUAGUAUUUAACAACCAGCUCACAAAAUUCUAGAAAAUGUAAUGAUCUGUUUUCAUAAGCAGGUACAAACUGUCUUCUGUGAAACAUUGCAUAAAAGGAGUCUGCUGGGGCCAGGGAACUCCUGGGAAAUGUUCCUGAUUGAAAAAGAGAGGAACACACACUCCCACAUCCUUGGGUCUUGUGUUUGAAUGUGGAUAUAGGAUAUGAUAUGUUGUACUGAGGCAGCAAUUUUGUGACAAUGAGUCAAACAAAAAACCUAACACACUUAGGCUGAUGAAGGCAGAGGAUAAAAAAAAAAAAAAAAAACUUAAAAAUGAAAAGCCCAGAAAUAAAUCUAAACAAGCACAAGAAGAAAACUGGUCCUUUACCUUAAACAUCAUGUAAAAAAAAUUAACUCAAAAUAGAUUGAAGAGCUAAACAUAAGGAGGUCACAGGAAGUUGCUGAGGCCUCAGCCUUACCAGGCCCCAUUGCACGGUUGAGAAAGCCUGCCCUGAAGCCUGACCUUUCACUGUAAUUACUAUGUCAUCUGUGAGAGCUCUGUCCAUCCUACCACUGACUAUAACUUUAUAUAACUUUUAGAAGAAAACAAGGGGGUAAAGGCCUCACGAUACUGGAUUCAGCAAUGAUGUCUUGGAUAUGACACCGAAAACACAGGCAACAAAAGAAAAAAUAGAUAAACUGGCCUUCAUCAAAGUUAAAAAUGUUUGUACAGCAAAGGAUACUUUUAACAGAGUAAAAGGCAAACCACAGAAGGGGAGAAAAUGUUUGCAAAUCAUAGAUCUUACAAGGGGUUAAUAUCCUGAAUGUAUAAAAAAUUCCUUCAACUCAAUAGCGAAAAAAAAGAGAAAGGCCUUAUCCAAAACUGGGCAAAGUAUUUAGAGAACAGACAUACCUCCGAAGAACACAUAUAAAAAAACAACAAAAUAACACGUGUUGGUGAGGCUGUGAAGACACCGGCUGCUUGUGCAACGCUGGUGAGAAUGUGAGAUGGUGCAGCCACUGUGGAAAACAGUGUGGUGGUCCCUCAGAAACAUUAAACCUAGAAUUACUGUAUGACCCAGCAAUUCCAAGUCUGGGUUAGAGCCGAAGCACUGGAAGCAAAGGCUCAACUGGGUAUUUAUACACUAAUGUUCAUAGCGGCAUUAUUCCAGCAAUAGCCAAAAGGUGGAGAACAGCCCGAAUGUCCAUCAGUGGAUGACUGGGUAAACAAAACAUAGUAUGUUCAUACAAUGGAAUAUUAUUCACUGUUAAAAAGGAGCAAAUUUCUAAUAUAUCCUAUAAUAUGAACACACCUAGAAAAUAUUAUGCUAGGAGAAAUAAACCAGACACAAAAAUAUUGCAUGAUGAAACUUAUAUGAAGUGCCUAGCAUAGUUAAAUUGGUAGAGACAGAAAGUAAAGUAGAGGUCACUAGGGGGUUGAGGCGGGGAGGCAGUGGGGAGUUAUUGAUUAGAGGAUACAGAAUUCAGCUAGGGAUGUUGAAAAGAUUCCGGAUAUGGAUAGUGGUGAUAGUUGUACACCAGUAUGAAUGUGCUUAAUCCCAUUAAACUGCACCUUAAAUGUUAAAAUGGUAAAUCCUGUUGUAUAUAUUUCACCACAAUUUUUUUUAAGAAACCUCAUUGCAAAAAAGCAAACCCUGGAACCACUUACUUAUAACCUCCUGUUAAGUGAGAUAAUUAAAUACAUACCUUUUUUUGUACAAACCAUUUUUAUUUUUAAUUAUAUUUUAUUGAUUAUGCUA